ACUUGAUUAAACAUAUUAUUAUAAUAAUACUGUGUUAUGACGUAAGGAAUAUCGGGAACGCAGAAAAUAUAUAAUCUAUGAUUGCUCUAAACAGCCUGACAUUCGUGCUCUUUAAUCAUUAUAAGUUAGUUAUAAUUACAAGCAUUAUUAUGCCAGUAUCAUACUAACUGCCUUUUUAACAAGUAUUUACAAGUAGAAAAAAAAUCAUUCAGAAUAGUACCUACAUAUUUUAACAGUAUAAAUCAUUACCGCUAUUAAAUUAAUAUUAUAAAUUAUUAGAGUAUUCAAAAAGUGUUGUUCAAGACAACUAGUUCAAUACUAACCGAAACAGAAACACGUAAGAUAACUUGGAAUUACAAAAGUUUCACACACAGUAGAUACACAUUUUUUCUGAUCCGACAUCACCAGCGUACAAUGAAAUUAAAUGCUUUAAAAGUGUUGUUUUAUACGUUCAUAUUACAUGCUAUCAUUCCAGACAUUCAAAGUGAUGAUUUAACAACGUUUGGUAUUAAUUCUGAUAGCAGUACGUUUAUUAAACUCGUAGAAGAAUUUCAAAAAAAAUAUAAUCUCGUAGAUGGGGCAGAAUUUAUUUAUUAUUCUCAGGACGAUAAAUUCGGAAAGGUCUCUAAAGAGGUUAUCACAUUUGAGAUCGAUUUACUUCUAAUAUUACAACAGAUGGCCUACGUGUUUAAUGAAAGAAAUGACACUAGACUCAUUCACGCGGACUAUUUUAUAACAAUCUGUACAUAUCUCCCGAGAUGUUUGGAUUUCAUCAAUAUUAAUGUAAUUCAGAAUUCAAUAACAACUAUGUUGAACAAAAUUCAUGUAGUUCUAUGUUAUUCAUUACCAACAUAUCUGAAGACAUAUAUCAAUGCUUUACCGAAUCAUAGAGAAAGUGAACGUUUUAAUGAGACAAUUUCAAGUGAUUUGUCAGAUAUAUUAUCAAUGACAAAAGAUAAAACACAAAUAGACGAAAUCCUGUUUCAGAAACCAAACUAUAAGAUGGACAGUCUGAAUUUUAUUACAGAUGUUUACAAGGUCAUUGGAAAUAUCGAUUCUAUAUCAUAUAUAAGAAGUAAUCUCGGUAACAUAAAUCAGCAUUAUAUGGAACAUAAUUCGAAAACUAAGGAAAUAAUAUUCAAGGGGACAAAAGUAAGUACCAGAAACAAUGAAAAACAAAUCGAUUCUGGAAUCAAUCUGCAUUUUCUUGACCUCAAUAGAAAUUAUACAAGUUUUCUUCGGGAUGAAUGCGGUUUUUUAACUGCUGACAUUCAGUCAAGAGAUUUUAUGGAGCUGAAAAUAAUCCAAGAAUUGGUUUUUUAUACAUUAAAGAAACUCCAACAAUAUUUUACAAAUACUAUAUUAAAUAGUACAAAGACGAAUUCAAAAGUAAACGAAAAUGACCUAAAGAACACGAUUGAUAUUAUGGACACGUUACAAGACAUAUGUCAUAAUAUGUCUUUAAUUCUUGUCUAUUUAAUAGAAAAUGAGGUGAACGUCGACUCUAUAAUGUUCAGCACGUAUUUGACGUUUUGCGGAGACUUCAAGGGAUACAGUGAUAUCCGUUGCACCAGUGCAUUUCACGGUACUUCAUCCAUUCAGGACCUCGAAAGCAAGAAGAUUAAUUGUAUACAGGAAACGUUGAAAAACAUUUGGUUGUGUAAUAUAUUAAAAACAACAACUGACGUCCCCGAAAAAAAUGAAGACAACAAUUCAAAUAACGAAAACUGUAAAAGUUUGUACUUUAAUUAUUUAGUAAAUAUCAACAAUACUAUCAGAAAAUUUAACAAAGGAAGGGACGUGUGGACCACGUUUGAGUGGUUGAAUGGUAAAUAUUUUCUUGCCGAAAAUAUCGAAAAUGAACGUAUGUACGAUAUAAAAUCGGAUUAUAUAAAGAUUAAAACCGUAAAUAUGAGUUUAUCAGUUGCGUAUUAUGCUAUAUUACCGUGGGGUUUGAACACGUUCUUUAUAGGGAGUUUUCAUAAUGUGGUUGUACACCAUUUAGACAGUACAAUGAAUAAUUACGUUUACAUAUACACACUAAUCAUUCAUUUAUACUUAAAUCGCACACGUACGAGCAUCGGUUCUCAUGUUAUACAAAAAAUACGAGAUAGUGUUGGGUGGUAUAACGAAGGGACGAAAUUAUUUUACAAAUAUCUCCACUUACCUUUAUUCAUCGAUAAAGACCCUCAGAAUGNUAUAAUUUAUAGAAUACAAAAUAUUCACGACAACGGUUAUUUAAAUAUCAACAACAUCAUUCCUGAUUUCGAAAAAAAUCAUUUUUUGGUAUGGGCCGAAACUAAUAUCCCCAACAACGAUGUUGGAAACAAACGAAUUAACACGUUUUUGAAUGGGAAUUGUAUGGACGCUAUGGACUACAUGAGUACUUUUUUGUCGAUCGUUCAAAAGUCUAUGGACACAAAUUUCGAAUUCCAGUCUGCUACUAAUAUGUACUCACAGUACUGUCCGGAGAAUAUAUUUGAUGAUAUAUCCACCAAAAAGCCUAUGAGCGUAGUUAAAAAGGAGCAAAGAAAAACAGAGUCAGGUUCUAAAAGUGUAUUCUUUGGUUUUGGAAACAGCCGUUCUAGACGCAGAGUCAUGGAAUGAAAUAUUCAGAGUAUUUUGAUGGGUUUACCUAAACUUCAAUAGAAAAAUUUGCGUGAACCUAGUGUUGAAGUUUUUUUAUGAAUUUAACAAAUUAAUAUUUAUUAUAUUUUUGAUAAAAAUUAUUCAUAUUUAAUAUGUCAUCUUAUUAAAUUAUUUUUUUUUGAGUUUAACCAUAUCAUCCUUAAAUAUAGUUUCAAUUUCAUAAAUUUAAUGAGCGAUAAAAAUAUUUUAUUUUUCAAAGUAAAUGUAUAAUGUUACGGUUAUUUGUCAACGACUACAAAAUGAAAUGUACUAUUUUUGUUUAUUUAUUGAUGGUCUAGGAUUAAGAAAUAUAGUAUUAAGAAAUUUAUAUUUAAUGAUAUUCGUUUACUUAUAAUUUUGGUUUUUAUUAUUUAUCAAAUAAAUCACAUUUUAUUCACAUUACUAAUAAUUAUUUAAUUCUAUCUUAGUAUACAAACAUGUGUUUACAUGUGUUUAUACUUUAGUAUUACGAUCAUUGUUUUUGUAUGUUUGUAAAAUGGUCACCCUUUCAAAUAGUUUUAAUUUUAUAAAUUUAAUGAGCGAUAAAAAUAUAUUUCUACUCUGUGUGAAACAUUCGUAAUUCCAAUUUAUCAUACGUGUUCCUGCUUCAGUUGGUAUUGAACUAGUUGUAUCGAACAACACUUUUUGAAUACUCUAAUAAUUUAUAAUAAUAAUUUAGGAGCGGUAAUGCUCUUUAGUGUUAAAAUAUGUAGGUAAUUAUUCUGAAAGAAAUUUGUUUAACUUGUAUAUACGUGGUGUAAGUACAGUUAGUACGAUACUGGCAUAAUAAUGCCUGUAUUUAUAACUAACCUAUAAUGAUUUAUGAACUACGAAUGUCAGGCUGUUUAGAGCAAUCAUAGAUUAUAUAUUUUCUGCAUUCUCGAUAUUUCUUACGUCAUAACACAGUAUUAUUAUAAUAAUAUGUUUAAUCAAGUGUUCAAAAGAGUGUUGUUCGAUAUGACCAGUAUCUUUUUAACUGAAAUGGAUACACGUAUAUGCGAUUUAAAAAAUAUUCUAUUCAGAGUAGUGACACAUAUUAUCUGGUUCUACAACACCAGCAUGCAAUGAGCUUAAAUGCAUUAGAAUAUUAGUUUUAUACGUUAGAAGUGCAUGUUAUUGUUCUAACAAUUUUAAAUAGUUUAACCAUGUUCUGAUUGCCUGAUUAUAGAAGUCAGUAUAAUUGAAUAUUGAAAUAAUUUUAAAUGCCUUACAAUCCAAAUGAAACAGAAGAAAUUUGUACUCAAAAUGAAUACAAUGAUUACAAAAUGUGUCUAAAUAAUUUAUUAUUUUUGAAAUUGUGUUACACUAAUAUUAUAGUAAAUGACCUACGUGUUAAAAAAAAAAACGAAACUGGACUCAUUUUCAGGAAAUGUAUAAGAAUGUCAAAAAACAAACAAAAAGACGUUUCACAGUGGUCCAAGACCAAACUUCCCAAAAUCGAUGACGGAUACAAACAAUCUAACGAGUUUGAAAAUAGGAAUUGCACGGAUGCUAUGAACUACUUAUGUACUUUUUACAUAAUUAAAUUAAAUUUCGAAUUCCAUUCUGCUACAAUUAUGUACGCUAUGUACCGUCCGGAAAAUAUUUUUUGUGUAUCUGAAAACGUAUUUGAAAUAGAAAUAAUAGCUAUAUGAGUGUAAACGUUUUUUUUUUUUUUUGUUUUAAUAAUUUUAAUCGAGUAUAUUUUUUUUUAUUAACCAGUUAUAUAGUUACAAUCAUUAGCGUUAUAUGCUUUCAAUUAUAUACAUAUAUACUUUUAAUUUUAGUUAAUUUUUUGUUCAAUAAAUUGCAUUGUAAUCUUAACACCAUUUUUAAGUUUAUUCUAUAUUGGAUAAUAAACCUAGAAACAAAUGUUUUUCUAUACUACUAUGAUAAUUGUCUGUGUACACGUUUAGUGUUGGUAAACCGCCUAUCGAUCAAAGAAAUUUCUAUUUUUAUUGUUGUUUCUAAUUAGGUGGAACACUGCAAGAAUACAUUGCUAACACGAUAAAAGUUAGGCAUAAUUAAUUUACAUAUUUCAUUUUUGAUUUUGUUAGUACUAUAUGUAAUCCAGUGAAAAAUAAACAUAAAUACAUGGAAUUUCCAUCCAAAAGUUAUACUUGUAGUAUACUAGUAUUCUAUAGUACUGGAUAACAAUGUGAGCUUGCCGAACCACGUUGAAAUGAGGUUUUUCACGUCAGCCUUAUUCAUUUUUGAAUUAUAAAACAUUUAUGAUGCGAUGAGCGUAAACUUUUAUUCACUUUGAGCCUCUAUAUGCAAUUAUUACCUGACGUUUAAAAAGUGCGAUCAAAUUAUUCAAAAAAUUCAAAUAGCACCCGAAAUUUAAUUUUAAUUUUAAAAAAUCCUGACGGUCGAUGCUGACAUUCAAUCUUGUUUGUAUGCAUUUAUUCGGUAACCGAAUAUGAGAACGACCACGAAGUUUAAAAAAUUGAAGAACCAUCGCUACUAUUUAAUAAGGAAUUUGUAUUUUUACUAACCUUUUAUUCCGAUUUUUUAACUCCUAUACCUAGAGCUAAGAAAUUUAUCUUCCUAAAUUAGCCUGAUAAACUAUUUCACACGUGCAAGAACCACAAGAAUAGCAACAAUAAUUUAGCAACUAAUGUCCGACAUUAAAAGCAUUAAAUGCCAUUGAACCAUUAUGUCAUAAGUUGUGAUAAAAUGUGUACCUUUUAUGAAUAGAAACUUUUAUAACUCGUUCAUACGUGUAUCCGUUUCCGUUUAAGAUAGUAAGGUUAUCGAACAAAAUUUUCAUUUUUACUCUUUACUAUUUAUGUUAUAUUGAUUUAGGAGCGCUAAUGCUUUAUAGUGUUAAAAUAUGUUGAAAUACAUUUUCUCAACUCGUAUAUACGUGUUAUUGGUGCAGUCAAUAUGAUACCAGCAAAAUUAUAGUCGUAUUUAUAACUAACUAUUAAUGAUUUACGAGCACAAAAGUAAGGCUGUAUUGAGCGAUAACUAAUUAUAUAUUUUCUACGUUCCCGAUAUUCUUUACGUCAUAAAUCAGUAUGAAGCAUAAGUCAACAUAGUGUAUUUAACCAAGUGUUCAAAAAACUGUUAUUCUACAUUACUAAUAUCAAAAUAACCGAAAUUGGUACACGUAUAAACGAGUUAUAAAAGAUUCUAUUUCGGGUGGUUACACAUUUAAUCUAGUUGAAUCCAAUGUAAUAUUAAUGUGAAACAAAAAGUUUAUUGUAACAAUAAAAUCUCAUAUUAUAUUGAAUGGUCAAUGAUUGUCAAUUUUAUCCAUAGAAAGAUUGUUUAUGUAACCUACGAUUUAGUAAACUGAAAUAUCGGCCAACAUAGGUUUUUCUCUAAUAUCGCGCUACGCAUGUGUCCCAUGCUAUGGAAAAAAUCGCCACAAUAACCAAUAACCGAGUAGCAUGAAUUUAGCAUAACAUUGUUAGCAGAUCUUUUCGAAAAUAUAAUUACCAGUAUUAAAAUGUACUUGCUGUCCAAUUGUUGGAGUCCAUCUUUAACAUCCUUAUUCGUUACUCCAUGUACUGCUGGCAUCACACCUUGUAUUGCAUUUGUAUUAAAACGUCCAAAAACCUUUCAACAGUGUUUAAAUUGACUGGUAGUACAUCGUUGGAGACUAGUUUGAAUCUUUCGCAUCCACUCAAUUUAUAUAUAUUUUGCAAUAAACUUUGAAAUACGAGAACACACCUGGCAUUACAGUUUCAUUAAAUAAUUUUACUACAUAUUCCAAGUAAAGUUCAUAGUAAAACACAUGUUACUACGUUUGUAAACUAAGAUAGAACUAAAUAAUUAUUGGUAAUAUGAAUAAAAUGCGAUUUAUGUGAUAAAUAAUAAAACUCAAAAUUAGAAUUAAACACAUAUAAUUAAAAAUACAUCUUUAAGACUAGAUCAUCAAUUUAUAAAAAAAAAAGUACAUUACAUUCUGUAGUCGUUUACAAAAAACCGUAGCAUUAUACAUUUACUUUGAAAAAAAAAUAUAUUUUUAUCGCUCAUUAAAUUUAUGAAAUUGAAACUAUAUUUAAGGAUGAUAUGGUUGAACUCAAAAAAAAAAAAAUUAAUAAGAUGACAUAUUAAAUAUGAAUAAUAUUUAUCAAAAAUAUAAUAAAUAUUAAUUUGUUAAAUUCAAAAAAAAAAUUCAACACUAGGUUCACACAAAUUAUUCUAUUGAAGUUUAGGUUACCCCAUCAAAAUACUCUUAAUAUUUCAUUCCUUUCCUGGUAAACUUGAACCCCGGACUCGGUGUCUAGAACGGCUGGUUCCCAAAUCAAUGACUACACUUUUAGAACCUGCCUCGGUUUAUUUUUGCUCGUUUUUAACUACGCUCAUAGGCUUUUUGGUGGAUAUAUCAUCAAAUAUAUAUUCCGGAGAGUACUGUAAGUACAUAGAAUAAGCUGAAUGGAAUUCAAAAUUUUUGGCCAUAGACUUUUGAACGGUAGACAAAAUAGUACUCAUGUAGUCCAUAGCGUCCAUAAAAUUCCAAUUCACAAACGUGUUAAAUCGUUUGUUUACAACAUCGUUGUAGGGGAUAUUAGUUUCGGCUCAUACCAAAAAAUAUUUUUUUUCGAACUGAGGAAUGAUGUCGUUGAUAUUUAAAUAACCGUUGUCAUCAAUAUUUCGUAAUCUUAAAUUGAUAGUCUUUAUGUUAUUAUUUGAUGAGGAUUCAUUCUGAGAUUCUUUAUCGGUGUAUAAAGGUAAAUGGAGAUAUUCGUAAAAUAAUUUCGUCCCUUCGUUAUACCACCUAACACUAUCUCGUACUUUUUAUAUAACAUGAGAACCGAUGCUCGUACGUGUGCGUUUUAGGUAUAAAUGUAUGAUUAGUGCGUAUAUGUGAACGUAAGUUUUCAUUGUACCGCCUAAAUGGUUUACAACCACAUUAUGAAAACUCCCUAUAAAGAACGUGUACAAACCCCACGGUAAUAUAGCAUAAUACGCAUCUGAUAAACUCAUAUUUACGGUUUUAAUCUUUAUAUAUUCCGAUUUUAUAUCGUACAUACGUUCAUUUUCGAUAUAUUCGGCAAGAAAAUAUUUACCACUCAACUAUUCAAACGUGGUCCACACGUCCAUUCCUUUGUUAAAUUUUCUGAUAGUAUCGAUUUUAUUCACUAAAUAAUUCAAGUACAAAAUUUUACAGUUUUCGUUAUUUGAAUUUUUGUCUUCAUUUUUUCCGGGGACGGCAGUGGUUGUUAUUGAUAUAUUUAACGUCCAAAUGUUUUUCAACGUUUCCUGUAUACAAUUAAUCUUCUUGCUUUCGAGGUCCUUAAUGGAUAAAGUACCGUGAAAUGCACUGGUGCAACGGAUAUCACUGUAUCCCUUGAAGUAUCCGCAAAACGUCAAAUACGUGCUGAACAUUAUAGGGUCGACGUUCAACUCAUUUUCUAUUAAAUAGACAAGAAUUAUAAGACAUAUUAUGACAUAUGUACCAUAAGUAUUUAACAUAAAAAGAAAACACUUGUAGAAAAAUAUUCAUUCGGAGAAACCUUAAUAAAAUUACCUUAAAAACUAAUUAACUAACUAAUGGUGUAUCGGCCUAUUACUAAAUCAUAUACAUGUUGCCAUCGUUCUCUCGAAGAUGUCCGCCCAGCGGACCAGAUCGGGACUCACUUCAUUGAUUCGUUUGAGGCACCAUCAUGAAUCAUGCCAAGGUACACAACCUUUCCUUGGUGACAAAAAUUGGUAAAUCCGUGGAAUACACGGGGGUAUUUGAUUAAAAAAACUGUAUCUAGAGACCGUCUGGUGACAAAAAUCUCGAGACGAGGUCUAGACAUGAAGAAGGUAAAGACUCGUAGCCUGUCGCCGCGGGUCGACUUUUUUGGCGAUAAGGGAAAGUGUGAUAUAAUGAUGUGAUUGGCCGUUAAUCCGUAGUCAGAAAUAUAUUACUAUUGCCUAUUAGAAUUAUAUACUUUUCCCCCGAGAUGUUUAGCAUUUACGUAAAUUAGUGUCUUUUCAAUAUCAAUUACAAUUAUAUUGAGUAAAAUUAAUUGCAUUCUUUGUCACAAAUUACCAACGUAUUAUAUUAAAUUUAUCAAUGCGAGCCCGGAUGAAAAAAUUAAAAAAUGGACAUAAUUUUACCAGAAGUAUUUUACAAAUAUCUUUAUUUACCUUUAUACGCUAAUAAAAACGCACAGUAGGAACCCCCCGCCAAAUUAUUCCAUACACUUUCUCAUUUCUAUAAUAAAAAUAUAGACAACAACGGUAGUAUAGGUGACGACGAAUUAAUUCACUCAAAUGAACAAUAUGACGUUUGCAUAAUUAAAAGUAUACACCGUUAAUUUCUGAAUAUUACAUCAUCAAAUUAUAAACUAAAAAAAAAUAAUAUUAUUUUGUGGUCUUUUACAAAUAACCGUAGCAUUAUACUUUAACAUUGAGUAAAAUAUAUAUUUUUAUGGUUCAUUAUGGUUAUAAAAUUGUAACUAUAUUUAAGGAUAAUAUGGAUGAUAAACACGUUAAAAAGAUACAUUAAUUGUUAAUAAUCUUUGUCAAAUUAUACAAUAAAUAGGAUAGGAGUGUGAUUUUAAUUUCAGUAACAUAUGUGAUCCUGUGUUAUAAUAAUUUGAUAAUCUAUUUGUAAAAACACAUUUUUGAAAGUGUUGAAGAAGCGAUAAAAUUCAACAACAUUCUGAAGACACUGUACAUAUUCUGGAAAUCAACAAUAAAUAAGCAAAUGCACUUCUAAAAGAAGGAUGCGGUUUAAGAAAAUCUGAAUAGGUGUAACUAUGCAAGAAAUACUGUAGUCAAUAAUGCUUUCCUUUUUAAAUGUAAUAUAAUAAAACUCUGAGUGUUACUCCUUCUGUCCUCAUUCCGUCAUGUUAAUAUACUAUAUUUGAACGCUCAUAUGUUUAUCAUAAAUAUCAUUACGGAUUAUAUAUCCAAAAAUAUACAUAAAAAAAAAAGAAUAUUUAAUUAAACUGCGUAUUCAAACGUCAAACUUUUAACCCAGAAUACUUGAAUCGCGAUUACGUAUUUUUAAUUAUAUCGAUCCUAAUCGUUCAUAGUUUCACUAAGUUUCGAUGAAAAUAAUUAUUAUCAAUGAAUUAAACUAUUAUUUCUGGUUUAUGUGAUUAAAAUUUGUUUGGACCAAAAACAUACUCAUAAAUUAUAAAGGUAACUCUGAAGAAUAAUUGUAAUUCUGUUGGUUAUCUAUAUGGUGUGGGGCAUUUGAGAUUCUUAUAGAAGCAAGAAAUGUAUUUGUUUUACUAUGAUGUGUUUUUUUUCGUCUUGGUUAUCUUAAUCACAAUCGGACAACCAUAAUUCAAAAUCGAAAAGUUGAACACAGACCGUGGAACCGAUAUCUGCAAAAUGUGUGAUUUACCUUAAUUGUUUAAUAAUGUUACAAUUAUCAAAAUAAUUACUAUUUUGAGUAAUAGGAUAUUAUAAAAAUAAAACAUAAUAAUUUUUCAAAAAAAGAUGUAUUAUUUUAUUAGCGUAUGCACUAUCUCCAUGUGAAACAAUAUAUAUUAUCAAUUUAUUAUUUUCAUGAAUAUAAUGUUGGAGUAUUAUCAAUUAAAUAUUCAUAUCAAAAUUUUAAAUUAGUAUUUGUAUUUAAGGGGUAAAAAAAUGUAUUUUUUUUAAAUCCAAUGUCACUCUCGAAACCAAUUUAAAUUAUUUAAUAUUAUUAACAUUAGAAAAAUCCGUGGAACGUGAUGGUAUACUCAAUGUACAUUACAACUCUAAACGUGGUGCAGCUUUUAAAAUAAUAUGUUGUUUUCCCUGUUAUAUAUCUAGCUAAAGAUUUUGGUCGUUCUAGUUUACUUGGUUUUUUUUCGGUUUUAAGUCAAUAUUUUAUUAAUUAUGUCAUCGUUUUGAGUUCAACCUUAUAAUAGAAAUGCGAUCAAUUUUGUAUUUUGAAAAUUCGUAACAAUUUUCCUGUUUACCUAUAAAUCAUUUUUCAUUUACAAUGAUUUAUUAUUACACACAGUAGGUAGACAUACCAUUUCGAUUAAAUUGUUUAUACUAUACCACCCAAAAUUCCCGCCUACAAAAGGGAUUGACGUUUUGAGGUGAAUUCAAGGAAUACACUGAAAUACGUUGCAACAAUGUAUUUCACAGUACUGCAGCAAAUAAGGGUCUCAAAGCCGAGAAAAUUAAUUGUUUACGGGAGACAGUGAAAAAUAUUUGGACGUNCUUUUUUUACCUUUAUACGCUAAUCAAAACGCACAGUAGGAACCCCCACCAACUUAUUCCAUACACUAUCUCAUUUCCAUAAUAAAAAAUAUAGACAACAACGGUAGUAUAUGUGUCAACGAAUUAAUUCACUCAGAUGAACAAAAUGAAGUUAGCUUAAUUAAAAUAUUCACCGUUAAUUUCUGAAUAUUACAUCAUCAAAUUAUAAACUAAAAAAAAAUAAUAUUAUUUUGUGGUCUUUUACAAAUAACCGUAGCAUUAUACUUUAACAUUGAGUAAAAUAUAUAUUUUUAUGGUUCAUUAUGGUUAUAAAAUUGUAACUAUAUUUAAGGAUAAUAUGGAUGAUAAACACGUUAAAAAGAUACAUUAAUUGUUAAUAAUCUUUGUCAAAUUAUACAAUAAAAAAGAUAGGAGUGUGAUUUUAAUUUCAGUAACAUAUGUGAUCCUGUGUUAUAAUAAUUUGAUACUCUAUUUGUAAAAACAAAUUUUUGAAAGUGUUGAAGAAGCGAUAAAAUUCAACAACAUUCUGAAGACACUGUACAUUUUCUGGAAAUCAACAAUAAAUAAGCAAAUGCACUUCUAAAAGAAGGAUGCGGUUUAAGAAAAUCUGAAUAGGUGUAACUAUGCAAGAAAUACUGUAGUCAAUAAUGCUUUCCUUUUUAAAUGUAAUAUAAUAAAACUCUGAGUGUUACUCCUUCUGUCCUCAUUUCGUCAUGUUAAUAUACUAUAUUUGAACGCUCAUAUGUUUAUCAUAAAUAUCAUUACGGAUUAUAUAUCCAAAAAUAUUCUUUAAAAAAAAAGAAAAUUUAAUUAAACUGCAUAUUCAAACGUCAAACUUUUAACACAGAAUACUUAAAUCGCGAUUACGUAUUUUUGAUUAUAUCGAUCCUAAUCGUUCAUAGUUUCACUAAGUUUCGAUGAAAAUAAUUAUUAUCAAUGAAUUAAACUAUUAUUUCUGGUUUAUGUGAUUAAAAUUUGUUUGGACCAAAAACAUACUCAUAAAUUAUAAAGGUAACUCUGAAGAAUAAUUGUAAUUCUGUUGGUUAUCUAUAUGGUGUGGGGCAUUUGAGAUUCUUAUAGAAGCAAGAAAUGUAUUUGUUUUACUAUGAUGUGUUUUUUUUCGUCUUGGUUAUCUUAAUCACAAUCGGACAACCAUAAUUCAAAAUCGAAAAGUUGAACACAGACCGUGGAACCGAUAUCUGCAAAAUGUGUGAUUUACCUUAAUUGUUUAAUAAUGUUACAAUUAUCAAAAUAAUUACUAUUUUGAGUAAUAGGAUAUUAUAAAAAUAAAACAUAAUAAUUUUUCAAAAAAAGAUGUAUUAUUUUAUUAGCGUAUGCACUAUCUCCAUGUGAAACAAUAUAUAUUAUCAAUUUAUUAUUUUCAUGAAUAUAAUGUUGGAGUAUUAUCAAUUAAAUAUUCAUAUCAAAAUUUUAAAUUAGUAUUUGUAUUUAAGGGGUAAAAAAAUGUAUUUUUUUUAAAUCCAAUGUCACUCUCGAAACCAAUUUAAAUUAUUUAAUAUUAUUAACAUUAGAAAAAUCCGUGGAACGUGAUGGUAUACUCAAUGUACAUUACAACUCUAAACGUGGUGCAGCUUUUAAAAUAAUAUGUUGUUUUCCCUGUUAUAUAUCUAGCUAAAGAUUUUGGUCGUUCUAGUUUACUUGGUUUUUUUUCGGUUUUAAGUCAAUAUUUUAUUAAUUAUGUCAUCGUUUUGAGUUCAACCUUAUAAUAGAAAUGCGAUCAAUUUUGUAUUUUGAAAAUUCGUAACAAUUUUCCUGUUUACCUAUAAAUCAUUUUUCAUUUACAAUGAUUUAUUAUUACACACAGUAGGUAGACAUACCAUUUCGAUUAANAUUUCACAGUACUGCAGCAAAUAAGGGUCUCAAAGCCGAGAAAAUUAAUUGUUUACGGGAGACAGUGAAAAAUAUUUGGACGUGGAACAUAUUUAUGACCACAAUUAAGGUCUCGAAAAAAAAUGGAAACAAAUAUUUAACCAACGAAAAUUGUAAAAUUUUGUACUUGAAUUAUUUGGAGAAUAUCCACAAUACCAUCAAACAAUUUCACAAAGGAAUGGGUGUUUGGACCACUUUCGAGUGGUUGAGUGGUAAAUAUGUUCUUACCGAAAGUUCCCAAAACACCCGUAUGCAUGAUAUAAAAUCGAAAAAUAUAAAUAUAAAGACCGUAAAUAUGAGUUUAUCAGUUGCGUAUUAUGCUACAUUACCGUGGGGUUUGAACACGUUCUCUGUAGGGAAUUUUCAUAAUGUGGUUGUAAACCAUUUAGACAGAACAAUGAAUACUUACGUUUACAUUUACGCGCAAAUUAUAGAUUUGUACUUAGAGCGCACAGGCAUUACCGUCGAAUCUCAUGUUUGAAAAAGCAUACGAGAUAGUAUUAGGUGGUAUAACGACGGGACAAUAUUAUUUUACAAAUAUCUGUAUUUACCUUCAUACACCGAUAUAGACUUACAAAAUGAACCACAACCAACUGAUGACAUAAAAACUAUCAUUUUUAUAAUACAAUAUAUUGACGACAGCGGGAAUAUAAGUCUCAAAGACAUCAUUCCAGAGCACGAUAAAGAUAAUUUUUUGGAAUGGUCCGAAACUUAACUUCCCAACAACGAUGAAGGAUACAAACAAUUUAACACGUUUAUAAACGGGAAUUGCAUGGAUGCUAUGGACUUUAUGAGUACUUUUUUUUCGAACGUAGGGAAAUCUAUGGACAUGAAUUUUGAAUACUAUUCUGCUACUACUAUGUACUCACAGUACUGUCCGGAAAAUAUGUUUGAUAUUAAAUCCGCCGUCAAGCCUAUGAGCGUAGUUAGAGACAAGCAAAAUAAAAGAGAGGCCGGUUCUAAAGACGGAGUUAUUGGUUCGAGUUCACCUGGAAAUAAAUCAAAUGUUAAGACUCUUUUGAUGGGUUUCCUUAAACUUCAAUAGAAAAGUUAGUGUGAAACUAGUAUUAAUUUUUUUUAUGAAUUUAAUAAAUUUAUAUUUGUUAUAUAUUUUGAUAAAAAUUAUUCAUAUAUAUGUCCUUUUAACGUGUUUAUUGAGUUCAUCUAUAUCACCCUUAAAUAUAGUUACAAUUUUAAAAUUUAAAUGAAUGAUACAAAUAUAUUUUUUAUGUAUAGUUUAUGUACAAAAUGUAAUGUUUUUUUUUUUGUAUAUAAAUUGAUGAUGUAAUGUUAAGAAAUAAGCGGUUUAUAAUUUUAAUUAUAUGUAAUUACUUUAAAAUUUGGGUUUUAUUAUUCAAACAAUAAAUAGCAAUACAUAAACAUAAUUCCAAAUAAUUAGUUCGUUCUAGUUUAGUAAUAAACGUAGUGAAAUUUGUUUAUUAUAUUAUGUAGAUAAUUGUUUUUCUAUAUUGAAAAAUUUUGUCGAUCAUUAUUUUGUAUUUUGAUUAUUUUCUCUAAAUAGGUGAAACACUGCGAGAAAACAUUGGUAGUACGAUAAAAGUUUCUCUGGUAAAUAUGUUUUACCUUAGUUACCUUAGUUUCACAUUAGAUUCAAGUUAUUUUUUAUAUAAAAACAAAAUUUCGAAAAUAAACUCGGAGAAGCAUUCAUUUUUGUAGGCGGGAGUUUUGGGAGGUAUAGUAUAAACAAUACAAUCGAAAUGGUAUGCCAACUUACUGUUUGAAAUAAUAAAUCAUAGUAAAUGAAAAAUGAUUUAUAGGUGAAUAAGAAAAUUGGUACGAAUUUUCACAAUACACAAUUGAUCGCGUUUCUAUCAUAUAGUUGAUCUUAAAACGAUGACAUAAUUAAUAAUAUAUUCACGUCAAACCGAAAAAAAACCAAGUAAACUAGAACAACCGAAAUUUUUAGCUAGAUAUAUAACAGGGAAGACAACAUAUUCUUAAUUAAUAAUAUUAAAUAUUUUUAAAUGGUUUUCGAGAGUGACAUUGGUUUUAAAAAAAUUAUUUUUUUUAUCCCUUUAAUACAAAUACUAAUUUAAAAUUUUGAUUUGAAUAUUUAAUUGUUAAUACUCCAACAAUAUAUUCAUGAAAAUAAUAAAUGUAUAAUAUAUAUUAUUUCACAAGGUGAUAGUGUAUACGCUAAUAAAUUAAUCCAUUUUUUUUUGAAAAAUUAAUAUGUUCUAUUUUCAUAAUAUCCUAUUACUCAAAAUAGUAAUUAUUUUGAUAAUUGUAACAUUUUUAAACAAUUAAGGUAAAUCACACAUUUUGCAGACAUCGGUUGCACAGUCUGUGUUCAACUUUUCGAUUUUGAAUUAUGGUUGUCCGAUUGUGAUUAAGAUAACCAAGACAAAAAAAAAACACAUCAUAGUAAAACAAAUGCAUUUCUUGCUUCUAUAAGAAUCUCAAAUGCCCCACACCAUAUAGAUAACCAACAGAAUUACAAUUAUUCUUCAGAGUUACCUUUUAAAUUUAUGAGUAUGUUUUUGGUCCAAACAAAUUUUAAUCACAUAAACCAGAAAUAGUAGUUUAAUUCAUUGAUAAUAAUUAUUUUCAUCGAAACUUAGUGAAACUAUGAACGAUUAGGAUCGAUAUAAUCAAAAAUACGUAAUCGCGAUUUAAGUAUUCUGUGUUAAAAGUUUGACGUUUGAAUAUGCAGUUUAAUUAAAUUUUCUUUUUUUUUAAAGAAUAUUUUUGGAUAUAUAAUCCGUAAUGAUAUUUAUGAUAAACAUAUGAGCGUUCACAUAUAGUUUAUUAACAUGACGGAAUGAGGACAGAAGGAGUAACACUCAGAGUUUUAUUAUAUUACAUUUAAAAAGGAAAGCAUUAUUGACUACAGUAUUUCUUGCAUAGUUACACCUAUUCAGAUUUUCUUAAACCGCAUCCUUCUUUUAGAAGUGCAUUUGCUUAUUUAUUGUUGAUUUCCAGAAAAUGUACAGUGUCUUCAGAAUGUUGUUGAAUUUUAUCGCUUCUUCAACACUUUCAAAAAUUUGUUUUUACAAAUAGAGUAUCAAAUUAUUAUAACACAGGAUCACAUAUGUUACUGAAAUUAAAAUCACACUCCUAUCUUUUUUAUUGUAUAAUUUGACAAAGAUUAUUAACAAUUAAUAUAUCUUUUUAACGUGUUUUUUGAGUUCAUCCAUAUCAUCCUUAAAUAUAGUUACAAUUUUAUAACUAUAAUGAACCAUAAAAAUAUAUAUUAUACUCAAUGUUAAAGUAUAAUGCUACGGUUAUUUGUAAAUGACUACAAAAUAAUAUUAUUUUUUUUUAGUUUAUAAUUUGAUGAUGUAAUAUUCAGAAAUUAACGGUGUAUACUUUUAAUUAUGCAAACGUCAUAUUGUUCAUUUGAGUGAAUUAAUUCGUCGUCACCUAUACUACCGUUGUUGUCUAUAUUUUUAUUAUAGAAAUGAGAAAGUGUNUCGUCUGAGUUACCUUUUAAAUUUAUGAAUUUCGGUCCAAAAAAAUUUUAAUCACAUAAACCAGAAUAAGUACUUAAAUUUAGUGAUAAUAAUUAUUUUCAUCGAAACUUAGUGAAAACUAUGAACGAUUAGGGUCGAUAUAAUCAAAAAUACACUAAUCGCGAUUCUAGUAUUCUGGGUUAAGUGUUUAACGUUUGAAUACGCAGUUUAAUUAAAUUUUCUUAUAUUUUAAGUAUAUAUCAAAUAUAUAAUCCGUAAUGAUAUUUAUGAUAAACAUAUGAGCGUUCACAUAUAGUUUAUUAACAUGACGGAAUGAGGACAGAAGCAGUAACACUCAACAACAUUAGCCUAUGAAGGUAAAUAAAGAUAUUUGUAAAAUAAUUCUGUUAAAAUUCUGUCCAUUUUUUAAUUUUAUCAUCCGGGCUCGCAUUGAUAAAUUUAAUAUAAUACGUUGGUAAUGUGUGACAAAGAAUGAAAUGAAUUUUACUCAAUAUAAUUGUAUUAGAUAAUGAAGAGACAUUAAUUUACGUGAAAUCCAAAAAUCUCGGGAGAAAUGUACAAACCGUUUGUAACGCCCAAAAACGACUGUUUCCCGUUAUCAAAGGACAAGCAUACCUACCAUCGACGGAUAUGUUAAUUCAUCAUAAACAAUAAUUCCCCCCGCGUAAAAGUUUAUGCGAUUGAAAUCUGUUGCAUUUCGCAAUAAUAAUAUAUUUCUGACUACGAAUUAACGGCCAAUCACAUCAUUAUAUCACGCUUCCCCUUAUCGCCAAAAACCUCGACCUGCGGGGACAUGCUACGAGCGUCUCCGCGCUCCGCUACCCAGUUGUUCUGUGCGUUCUUUACCUUCUUCAUGUCUAGACCUCGUCUCGAGAUUUUUGUCACCGGACGGUCUCUAGAUUCAGUUCUUUUAAUCGAAUACCCCCGUGUAUUACACGGAUUCACCAAUUUUUGUCGCCAAGGAAAGGUUGUGUACCUUGGCAUGAUUCAUGAUGGUGCCUCGAACGAAUCAAUGAAAUGAGUCCCGAUCUGGUCCUCUGGGCGGACUUCUUCGGUAGAACGAUGGCAAUAUGUAUAUGAUUUAGUAAUUGGCCGAUACCCCAUAAGUUAGUAAAUUAGUUUUUAAGGUAAUUUAAUUAAGGUUUCUCCGUAUGAAUAUGUUUAUACAAAUGUUUCUUUUUAUGUUAAAUACCUCUAAAAUACUUAUGGGAAUCAACCAGCUACAUUUGUGUCCGGCUCACUACCCCGUGUUCCAUAUCCUAAGUGCGAUAAGCCAAAAACCCCCGGAUUUUAUGGUUUUCUCUUAUUUUUCAUCCCCUCUAAGUGCUAGGUUUCGCAUCCACGUGUGUGAGCAUCUAAGAAUGGAAUAUAUAUAUAUAUAUAUAAAGAUCGAUUUUCCCCAUUUCGCAAACCAAAUUCGGACGCACCCCGCAAGUUCAUCCGUAGGGCCACCGAAUCUACGGACCAGUCAAGAUGGAACAAUAAUCGUUUCCGCCACUCUUCCCGGCGGUUAUCUGUGAGACCUGACAACCGCACAAUCCUGUCGGGAUCUCCGCAAUACCUAAGGAGCCUACGAAAGUUCCAAGUGGGGGUUUAUUUCGGUCUAAACUCAUAUCGGUCAGCACACACAAGUGGAUGUGGAUUCAUCAUUACCAAUAAAUAUUAAUAAGUCCCUGACUCCAAUAUAUCACAAACAACAUAUUUACGACUGGUUGAUGCCUCAGUUAAUGUACAGGUAUUUUAAAACAAAAAUUGUUUGUAGAUAUUUAUUUAUAUAUGUCCUAUAUAUAAAUAUGUCAAUUUAAGAAUCAUAUUAUUCAUCCUUUCAUAGGGUCAGUUUUUAUGCCCAGUGCUUUUUUGUUGCAUUAACUUAAGUUUUACUUUUAAUUGAUAAAUUAAUAAAAUAAUUCAAUAAUUUCUAUUUAUUUAAAUUCUUUUAUUCCCUUCCCUCCUCAAAAAAAUGAUAGAACUCCGGUAUUCGGCCCUCGGUAGUAGGUUGACGAAAAUCAUAUUAGGCGGGUCGUCAGCUGUGCGCUCGGGUGUGGCCUCAAACACAGCUGACCGAACCAGAAUGUCUCACAUUCUUUUUAAUUUCUUAAAAUUGAGUUCCUUUCGUUUCUUUUCUUAACACGUGAGUCAUUUCCUAUAAAAUUAGCGUAACACAAUAAAAGAAGUGAUAAAUUAAUUAGGUACAUUCUGAAAGUAUAGUAUUCAUUUUGAUAAUAAUUUCCUCUACUUCAUUAGGAUUGUAAAGUUUUUGACAUAAGUUCAAUAUUUAAAUAAAUCGUCAUCUAAAAUCAGGCAAUCUGACCAUUGUUUUAACUAUUUAAAAUUGUAGGAACAAUAGCGUGCAAUUCUAACGUAUAAAACAAUAAUUUUAAUGCAUUUAUGUUCAAUGUACGCUGGUGUUGUAGAACCAGAUAAUAUGUGUCAUUACUCUGAAUAGAAUAUAUUUUAAAUCGUAUAUACGUGUAGCCAUUUCAGUUAAUACGAUACAAGUAAUAUCGAACAACACACUUUUGAACACUUGAUUAAACAUAUUAUUGUAAUAAUUCUGUGUUUUGACGUAAGAAAUAUCAGGAACGUAAAAAAUAUAUAAUCUAUGAUUGCUCUAAACAGCCUGACAUUUGUGCUCAUUAAUCAUUAUAAGUUAGUUUUAAAUAACAGCAUUAUUAUGCCAGUAUAAUACAAAUUGCAUUUAUAACAAGUAUUUACAAAUUGAAAAAAUAUCUUUCAGAAUAAGUACCUACAUAUUAGAAGGAGUAACAAUCAUUACCGCUCUUAAAUUUUUAUUAUAAAUUAUUAGAGUAUUCAAAAAGUGUUGUUUGAUUCCACUAGUAACAAACAAACUCAAACAGGAACACGUAUGGUAAAUUAGAGUUACAACAAUUUUAUUCAGAGUUGAUAUACAUUUUUUCUGAUCCUGCAUCACCAAAGUACAAUGAAAUUAAAUGCUUUAAAAGUGUUGUUUUAUACGUUUAUAAUACAUGUAAUGAUUCCAGAUAUUCAAAGUAAUGAUUCAACUACGUUUAGUAAAAAUUCUGAUAGCAGUAAUUUUAAUAAUAUUGUAGAUAAUUUUCAAAAGAAAUAUAAACUUGAAGGUGCAACAGAAAUUAUUAAUCAAUCUAAGGACGAUAUAUUCGGAAAAGUCUCUAUAGAGUUUAUCAAAUUUGAAAUCAAUUUACUUCUAAUAUUACAGCAGAUGGUCUACGUCUUUGAUGAAAGAAAUGACACCACACUCAUUCACGCGGACUAUUUUAUAACGAUCUGUACAUAUCUCCCGAGAUGUUUGGAUUUCAUCAAUGUUAAUGUAAUUCAGGAUUCAAUAACAAUUAUGUUGAGCAAUAUUUAUGUAGUUCUAUGUUAUUCAUUACCAACAUAUCUGAAGACAUAUAUCAAUGCGUUACCGAAUCAUAUAGAAAGUGAACGUUUUAAUGAGAAAAUUGCAAAUGAUUUGUCAAAUAUAUUAUCAAUAACAAAAGAAAAAACAAAAAUACGUAAAAACCUGUUUCAUCAAAAAAACUAUAAGAUGGACAGUCAGAAUUUUAUUACAGAUGUUUACAAGAUCAUUGGUAAUAUCGAUUUUAUAUCAUGUAUGAGUAAAAAUCUCGAUAAUAUAUCUCAGUAUUAUAUGGCACAUAACUCGAAUACUAAAGAAAUAAAAUUCAAGGGGACUAAAGUAAGUACCAGAGACAAAGAAAAACAAAUUAAUUCUGGAAACAAUAUUCAAUUUCUGCAACUCAAUAGAAAUUAUACAAAUGAUCUACGGAACGAAUGCGGUUUAUCAAGUUUUGACAUUCAGUCAAAAGAUUUGUCAAAGCUCGAAACAAUGCAAGAAAUUGUUUUUUAUACAUUAAAGAAACUCCAACAAUAUUGUACAAAUACUAUAUUAAAUAGUACAAAGACGAAUUCAAUAGCAACCGAAAACGACUUAAAGAACACGAUUGAUAUUAUGGACACGUUACGAGACAUAUGUCAAAAUAUGUCUUCUAUUCUUGUCUUUUUUAUAGAAAAUGAGGUUAACGACGACUCUAUAACUUUCAGCACGUAUUUGCCGUUUUGCGGAGACUUCAAGGGAUACAGUGAUAUCCGUUGCACCAGUGCAUUUCACGGUACUUCAUCCAUUAAGGACCUCAAAGACCAGAAGAUUAAUUGUAUACAAGAAACGUUAAAAAACAUUUGGACGUGGAAUAUAUUAAUGACAACCACUGAGGUCCCCCAAAAAAAUGAAGACAAGAAUUUAAAAAAUGUAAAGUGUAAAUUUCUGUACCUGAAUUAUUUAGUGAAUAUCAACAAUACUAUCAGAAAAUUGUACAAAGGAAUGGACGUGUGGACCACGUUUGAGUGGUUGAGUGGUAAAUAUUUUCUUGCCGAAAAUAUCGAAAACGACCGUAUGUACGAAAUAAAAUCGAAUUAUAUAGAUAUUAAAAACGUAAAUAUUAAAUUAUCGGUUGCGUAUUAUGCUGCAUUACCAUGGGGUUUGAACAUGUCCUCUAUAGGGACUUUCCAUAACGUGAUUGUAAACAAUGUAGAACAAUUUAUGAAUGCUUACGUUUACAUAUACGCACUAAUCGUNCAUGUUAUACAAAAAGUACGAGAUAGUGUUAGGUGGUAUAACGAAGGGACGAAAUUAUUUUACAAAUAUCUCCACUUACCUUUAUUCAUCGUUAAAGACCCUCAGAAUGAAUCCCUAUCAAAUGAUAACAUAAAGACUAUAAUUUAUAGAAUACAAAAUAUUGACGACAACGGUUAUUUAAAUAUCAACGACAUCAUUCCUGAUUACGAAAAAAACUAUUUUUUAAUUUGGGCCGAUUCUAAUAUCCCCAACAACGAUGAUGGAAACAAUCAAUUUAACAAGCUUUUAAAUGGGAAUUGUAUGGGCGCUAUGGACUACAUGAGUACUUUCUUGUCAAUCGUUCAAAAGUCUAUGGACAUAAAUUCCGAAUUCCAUUCAGCUACCUCUAUGUACUCACAGUACUGUCCGGAAAAUAUAUUUGAUGUUAUAUCCACCAAAAAGCCUAUGACAGUAGUUAGAGACAAGAUGGGAAAUACAAAGUCAUAUGUGAAGACUAAGAGCGUAAAUGAAGACAAGCAAAUAAAUAAAGAGGACGAUGAAAAGACUAUGAGCGAAGAUGAAGACGAGCAAAUAAGUACAGAGACCGGUUCUGAAAGUGUCAAAGUCAUUGGUUCGAGUUCACCUGAAACUACAUCAACAUUUAAGACUGUUUUGAUGAGUUUCCUUAAAUUUUGGUGAACGUAGUGUUGAAUUUUUUUUAUGAAUUUAACAAAUUUUUAUUUAUUAUAUUUUUGAUAAAAAUUGUUCAUAUUUAAUACGUCAUCGAAUUAAAUUUUUUUUUAAGUUCAACCAUAUAAUACUUUGAUGUAAAUUCAAUGUCAUAAAUUUAAUGAGCGAUAAGAAUAGAUUUUGUUUGCAAAGUAAAUUUAUAAUGCUACGGUUAUUUAUAAAUGACUACAAAAUGUAAUGUACUUUUUUUGUUUAUUUAUUGAUGAUCCAGUAUUAAAAAAUAAGCGGUUUUUGUUUUUAAUUAUAUGUGUUUACUUCUAAUUUUGGGUUUUGUUAUAUAUCAAAUAAAUCGCAUUUUAUUCACAUUACCAAUAAUUAUUUAAUUCUAUCAUAGUUUACAAAUGUAAUAACAUGUGUUUUACUAUAGUUUUACGAUCAUUGUUUUUGUAUAUUUGUAAAAUGGUGUCGGUAAUUUUUUUUAAUUUGAUUUUUUUGAUGUAUUUUAUUAUUUGAUUAUUAUAUUAAAAUCACACUUAUCUACUUGGAAUAUGUAGUAAAUUAAUUAAAUUGUGUGGCCGCGAAAAACUCAAACUAGUUUCCAACAAUGUCCUAAAUGUCAAUUUAAACACUGUAAAAAGGUUUUUGGACGUUUUAAUACAAAUGCAAUACAUGGUGUGAUGCCAGCAAUACAUGGUUUUACGAAAAAGGAUGUUAAAGAUGGAC